AUGUAAAUAUGAAAAUCAUAUGAAAGGUACGAACGGAUACACCUAAAGAGUUCCCUCCAAAACAAUGGCUACUUUCCUAAUCCUCAAUUCACUAUCUCCCGCUCUUCCUAUCCACACAACAGCCUAUGCACGUGCCACCUUCAAGCCUCUGCACGUGCAAACAAUCCGCUUCGCCGGCGACGGAAAACCGAGGAGAAGCUUAUCGGUAAUAACACGUGCAGCGCCCAGCACAACCACCUAUGUUGUCGCAUUUUUGAUCCCUCUCUCUAUGCUUAUCGGCACCAUCAUCACCUCUCUUAGAAUUUCUGAUAAGCUUGACAGAGAUUAUCUUGAAGAGCUUGCCAUUAAUCAGGCAAUCAGGGAUGCUGAUGAAGAGGGUGACGACGACGAUGGCAUUUCUUUGGAGGAUGAAGUGAAUCAGCGUGCGCUUCAGGGCACAAAGACCCGCAACCGGCCAAAACGGGAGGCCUAGGUUUCAUCUAAUAUGAUUUUUUGUAUUAAUUUUAUUUGCAUUUGAAUGCACGAGUAGGCAAACAUAAUGCGGGCUUCAUCGUAUAAAAAGCUGAUUGUAACUUCUUAAACCCCUGUAAUUUCUAGUGCGCCUCGAGUACAAAGGUAGCUAUUCUGCUUUGCUAUGGAGCUACAUUGUGAAUA